AUGGCUUUUAACAUGUGGGUUUCUCAACUCAACAGACUACCAACCAGAUCAAGGAUCUCCCGGUGGGCGCCACAGACCUCCUCGCUCUGCUGCCUCUGCAACACGCUUGAAGAAACUCGAGACCACCUGCUCAUCACAUGUGACUUCAGCUCUGAAGUGUGGUCACUGGUCCUCUCAAGGCUAAACCGCUCCAGGAAUCUUCUCUCCUGGUCUGAGUUGAUGUCUUGGAUCCGAGCUUCUUCACCGCAAUCUCCUUCAACUCUAAGAAAGGUAACAGCUCAAGCAACGAUCUAUCAUCUCUGGAAGCAGCGCAACAAUGUCCUCCACAACAGUGUAUCCAUCCCGCCGCACGCUCUGUUUCGCAUCAUUGACAAGGAAAUUCGCAACAUCAUCUCAGCCAGGAAGGACAGAAAAGCUUUCCGUGGUCUGAUGGUUAUUUGGCUCACUUGA